AUGUCUAAUUGGGCCUACUUUGAGGCCCAUGCAAUCCACUCGUUACUAUUUGUUUAUAUUUUAUUUACUAUGAUGCGCUUUUCUUUCGUCCCAUUUGUUGAUCGAGUCUGACUCAUGGCGGAGAUUGAACUGAAAACUGCACCUGCUGAUUUUCGUUUUCCUACAACAAAUCAAACCAGACAUUGUUUCACUCGCUACAUAGAGUUUCACAGAUGCUUGGCAGCAAAGGGUGAAAACUCUGGUGAAUGUGAGAGAUUUGCUAAAUAUUACCGCUCCCUUUGCCCGGGUGAAUGGGUUGAAAGGUGGAAUGAACAGAGGGAGAGUGGGACUUUUCCAGGACCUCUUUGAAAUCAUGUGGCACUUGGAUAUCCUUCUGAGGCAUGAGAAGUCUUGAACAUUCUGUUGGCUCAUUUUCUUCAGUUGUUGAGCAAUUGUGAAUAAGGCAGUUUGUGGAUAUUCAUUACUUCACAAAUGGUUGAAGCCAUUUUGCUUUUGAAGUUGAUAUAAUUGUUCUGACUGUGGUAUUUUCUUUCUUCAGCAUUGAAUUGAAUAUUAAUUAGUAAACUCUAUCCCCACAACAAGCUACCCUACAAUGGAUUAAUUUUUCACUUC